AUGGUCUUCCCGGAUACACCUGCGCCUGAGUCGGAGUCGGGGCCAAGGUCGUCAAAGAGGAUCGUCUACCAGACAGAGACAACGGGGAGCUACUGGGGGGACGUCAAGGAAGCAGUCAAGCGGGUUGGCGAGAUUCCAUGUGCAAGGAGUAGCUUGCUGAGUGGAAUCGCGAGCGGUGUGGGUGUAGGGGUCAUCCGAGGACUGAGUGCAGGCCCGUUCGUAGCCUCGAACUGGGCUGUGGGCACGUUCGUGGUCAUCUCACUCGGUACAUGGACCGUAUGUCAAAAGUCGUUACAUGAGGAGCGGAGGCGCAUUCAGCAAGUCGUGGAGCAGAUCCCGAAACGCUACGCGAAAGAAGAGACCUCGGCAUCGACGUCGCAGGAGGGAUCCCGUUCAUAG